AUGGCUAGCGGUCUCAAAGCUGCCGCCCGUUAUGGCGCCCAAAACGUAACUCAAUUGGCCAGCUCCACCUCUACCCUGCCUCGAACUCUCCAGGCUAAUGGACUCCGACGAUUUGCCUCUCAGACAACUCCCUCGUCUCCUCCCCGUCACCUCCUGUCUAUCGCUGACCUGACCCCCGCUGAGUUUGCCACCCUGGUUCGCAAUGCCUCUUCACACAAGCAAGCCAUCAAGUCCGGAGCUAUUCCGACAAGCCUUAUCGGCUCGCUCUCCGGCAAGACCGUCGCCAUGAUGUUCAACAAGCGAAGCACCCGUACUCGUGUUUCCACAGAAGCCGCCACCGUUCAAAUGGGUGGUCACCCCAUGUUCCUGGGCAAGGACGACAUUCAACUUGGCGUGAACGAAUCCGUCUACGAUACCUCCGUCGUCAUCUCGUCAAUGGUCUCCUGCAUUGUCGCGCGUGUCGCAAAGCACUCCGACGUGGCUGAUCUGGCCAAGGAUUCUUCCGUUCCCGUCAUCAAUGCGCUGUGCGACUCUUACCACCCCCUCCAAAUUAUCGCCGACUUCGUCACUAUCUACGAGUCCUUCACACCCAAGGCGCAUAAGGUCUCCAGCUUGGGACUGGAGGGUCUCAAGAUCGCCUGGGUUGGCGACGCCAACAACGUUCUUUUCGAUCUGGCUAUCGGUGCUACCAAGAUGGGUGUCGAUAUGUCUGUUGCUACACCCAAGGGCUACGAGAUCCCCGCAGAUAUGCUCAAUGUUAUCAAGAGGGCCGGGGAGGGUGUGCCUACUCCGGGCAAGCUCACUCAGACCAACAUUCCCGAAGAGGCGGUCAAGGAUGCCGAUAUUUUGGUCACCGAUACCUGGGUGUCCAUGGGCCAGGAGGAGGAGGCUAAGAAGCGCAUGAAGGCUUUCGAAGGAUUCCAGAUUACUUCCGAUUUGGCCACUCGCGGCGGUGCUAAGGAAAACUGGAAGUUCAUGCACUGCCUGCCCCGCCAUCCCGAGGAGCGACCGCUCCCUGGUAUUCCCGAAGCCGAAAACCGCUUGUGGGCGGCUAUCUCGGCUCUGGAAGGAUUCGUUGUCAACAAGGGCAAAAUUGUGGAGUAA